GACUUGUCAUUAAGGCUUGUGUCAAGUGUUUUCUUGAAGAUAAUGGCCAUGGUUACAAGGGUGGUUGCUGAAAAGCCAGUGGUUAUAUUCAGUAAAACUUCUUGUUGUAUGUGUCACACCAUUAAGACUUUGAUUAAUAGCUUCGGGUCAAAUCCUGUGGUUUAUGAGCUAGAUGAACAUCCUAAUGGGCAACAACUGGAGGAUGAGCUGAAAGCAUUAGGAUGUAAGCCAAGUGUACCAGUUGUGUUUAUAGGGCAACAACUGUUAGGUGGUUCCAAUGAGAUCAUGUCACUCCAUCUCAAGGGAGAACUAUCCCAACUACUGAAAAGGUAAAGGUAAUUGCUAUAUGAAGUAACAGUGUCUUGUUUACAAUGUUUUGGCAGAUGUUAGCCUAUAAAACCUCCCUACUGUUUUCCUAAUUGCUAUAUGUAUCAAGAACAUUCAGAAAUGUAUCCAUGUCAAUUUCAUUUCA